AUGCCUCAAAGACACUCGAAAAACAACAACGAUUUAGCAUUCUUCACGUAUGAUGAGAAGAAGAAACUCGGCUAUGGUACACAGAAAGAAAGACUCGGCAAGGACUCGAUCAAACCAUUCGAUGCUUGCAGUCUGUGCUUGAAGCCAUUUAUUGAUCCCUUAUCUUGCCAGAAAGGUCACGUCUUUUGCAAAGAAUGCAUUCUCGAAUGCCUUUUGACCCAAAAGAAAGAUAUUCAAAGAAAGCUAGCAGCCCAUGCUGCUCAGCAUAAACAGGAAAAGGAAGAGGAAGAAGAAAAGUUGAUGUUGCAGAAAGCCCGAGAUCUUGAUGCAUUUGAUCAACAGAACCAUGGGGCAGUGCCACAGUACAAUGAUAAGAACUUCAACAGGGACAAGAAUGGUUUCCAUGGGGCUAACAGUGUGAAGGCCACAUCAUAUGAAGAGGAAGCACUUCGUACAAUGAAAGCAUUUUGGUUGCCAUCUGCAACUCCAGAAGCUCCUGCAAAAGUAGAAGCCCCAUCAACGGACACAAUCUGUCCAGAAGGAAAAGAAAAACUCAGGAUGAAGACACUUUUCCCUAUCUACCUCACAGAAGAUACCAGCGAACAAAAGAAAGUGUGUUCUCUUGAUAAGAGCUACAUCUGUCCUAGCUGCAAGGUCACACUUACAAAUACACUCUCACUUAUGGCCUUGAGUUCUUGUGGUCAUGUUUUCUGCAAGAAAUGCGCAGAGAAAUUCAUGGCUGUUGAUAAGGUUUGCCUAGUCUGCAACAAACCAUGCAAAGAAAGGAAUCUGGUCAAGUUGGAAAAAGGAGGAACUGGUUUUGCCGGUCAUGGAGAUCAUCUUGAAGCAACCGACUUUAAGCAUUUAGGAAGUGGUUCAGGGCUGGGGCUUGUAAGACCUGCAACGAAGACUUGA